AUGCGGUUUAUUACUAUUCAAGUCUUUGCCCUGCUGGCUCUUGGCGUCGCAGCGUCACCGUUUGACCCUUUCGACAAUGAUCCGCGGCGACCCUACACCCGGAUAGAGAGCGGUACAUCCAGGAGUAUAAAAACAGCCCAAGAUACCAGGCGUAUAAACAAAGUGCAGCCGAGAAAAAUCAUUGAUGAAGAUAGGGGUUCGAAGCGCGAUUCGGGUUCGAACCGCAACACGCGUUCGAACCGCAACACGCGUUCGAACCGCAACUCGCGUUCGAACCGCGACUCGGAUUCGGAUUCGGAUUCGGAUUCGGAUUCGGAUUCGGAUUCGGAUUCGGACUCGUCCACCGGGUCAAGGUCACACGUAUCGUCCCCGCCGCGUACGAGGACAACUGCCGAAAUUAGAGAGGAUAAUCGAAUUAGAGCACUAUGCAACUCAUUUAGAGACGAUUAUGACGGAUGCAAGGCACAACCCGAGUGCAAGUGGGACACGCAAAGAUUUUCUCGCUGUGUUCCAGAAUAUUCGUAG